CCCACUUUGUGUAGUCAUUGGCUGGCUUGGUUCUGAAAGGGAUUUUAAAAAGGGGAAUAAUGUGCCUUUGCCCAGGAUCUGAGGCUGUCAGGGGCUGAAAAGCUGAUCUGUGACCAUGCAGAUCCCUUGGGCUGUGUGUGCUGUCUGUGUCCUGACACAAAUCACACUUCUCUCCGUGCAAGGGUGGCAGAUGUUCAAAAAUGAUGCUACAGAAAUCAUUCCUGAGAUCACUGAAAACCCAGAACCACCAGUGGAGCCGACUUUCAGCAACAACAACACCAUGAACCAGGCAAAACAUGGAGGAAGGCACAUACAGCAAACUCCAGACCUCAAUGAUGCCGCCUUCAGCUGCCGGGAGGUUCGCACCACGCGGUUCCUGACGGACGGGCCGUGCCGCAGCCUGAAGCCGGUGAAGGAGCUGCUGUGCUCGGGCCAGUGCGAGCCCUCGCACCUCCUGCCCAACUCCAUCGGCCGCGGCAAGUGGUGGCGGCAGAACGCGCUGGAUUUCCGCUGCAUCCCCGCGCACAGCCGCACCCAGCGCGUCCUCAUGGCCUGUCCCCAGGACGAGACGCGGACUUACAAAUUCCGAGCGGCCACGUCCUGCAAGUGCAAGCGCUACACCCGCUACCACAACCAGUCCGAGCUCAAGGACUUCGGCAAGGACGGCGCCCGGCCCCAGAAGAACAAGAAGCCGCAUCUGGCCAGAGCCAGGAGCGGCAAAUCCAACCAGCACGAGCUGGAGAAUGCCUAUUAGGAAGGAGGUGGCUCUGGGUUGUUGAGUUUGUGAGGUGCCCAGGACGAGGGGAGAGAUGAGAAUCUGGAUCCACGUUCUCAGAAGGCUGGUUUAUUAUUUUAUGGUAUUAUAUUGCAUUAAAAGAAUACUAUACUAAAAUUAAGGGAAAGGAUAAGGCCAGAAGGCUGAACAAGAAUGAUAAUGAAAAACUCGUGAGUGACUCCUCGGAGUCUGACACAGCUGGUGGUGAUUGGUCAUUAAGUAAAAACAAUUCACACGGAACCAAUCAAACCUGCACCUGUUGGCAAACAAUUCCAAAGCAGCAAAACAGGGAGAAGCAAAUGAGAUAAUAUUGGUUUUAUUCUCUGAGGCUUCUCAUCUUCCCAGGAGAAGAAAUCCUGGCGAAGGGAUUUUUCAGAAAAUGUGGCAGUGGCACUGGGUGACACGGACUGGCAGCUCCAGAUGUUGGCUGAACCAUCAAAAGGCACUCAGAGGUCACAGCAUGAUGUUCUGACUGCAGAAGGUUCCAGUUCCUUCUGCUAAGCUGGGUCAAAGGCUCACACAGGCAAAGAGGGGUCAGAUUGUAGCACUUGGGCUGUGAUAAAGAAUGAGAUAAGGGCAGCUGGAGGCACCUGUCACUAGGACACGAAAUAACACCACAUGGACAUGCAGCUCUCUCAAGGCAAAAAGAGAAUUUUUAAUUUUUGACUCCAACAUUUACAGUUUUCCCAAAGUGCCAGUGGAUUGGAGGGUGGCAGUGCCUCCUCUCCAAUGACACUGGACAAACCAACAGUCCAUUCUCUUCUUCCAUAAAAGAAUGCAGAACAAUGAGUUAUUUACAUAAAAUGUGUGAGAAAGUUCCUUACAAGAAUGUAAACAUCAGAAGGUUUAGAAAAACUUAAAUAUAAGUUUUCAGGAGGGAAGGACCCUUCCAUGUGCAUGCUGGACAAACAAAUGAAAGUUUGCUCCCCCAGUCUCACGGGUUUGCUGCUGUCACUCACUUGUGUUGUCCUUCCUGCAGCUCAAAGAAUUGCAUCUUCUCUUGCUCCCAGGACUGGGCACUUAUUUGUGUCCUGUAAAACAAAAAUACAUGCAAGCCUUGUGGUAAGCAACCAGUAUUGCUGGGGAGAAUUAAAUUCUUGAGUUCACCAGAACACAUUUAGCACUAGAUUUUAAAUGCUAAACCAUUAGAUUAUUAAAUUCUUGAGUUCACCAGAACACAUUUAGCACUCGAUUUUAAAUAUAAAACCAUUAGAUUUAUUGAGUUCACCAGAAAAAUCAGGGUGACAGGAGCUCCAUGGCAGUUUGUGAGUCCUGGAUGAGCAGGGAGGCAGAGGAAAGGGAAGUUGUUGUGGGAACAAUCAGACUUUGCUUUAUUCCACUCAUUUAUGGGAAAAGAAUCUUGAGAUCCCUUCCCCAGACAAGGCUGAGUUAGGGAGGCACCAGGAGAGUCUCUGAAGGAGCCCUAGGGAGUUUGGGGUAGCAGGGAUUUCAGGUUCUGGUGGAUGAAGUCAGAUUGGUGGAAGUGAACACGUUAUCAGAUGUCCUCCUGUGCCAGGUGUUGCCUCUCAACCCAAAAUGUGACACUGGUGCUCUCAAAACAGAAGUAAAAGUGUGACAAAUCCAUCUCAUACUUUUAAUGAAAAGAUUAUGGGGUCAAUAAAUUCAAAACUGAGAUUUGGCAACUAAAAAAUAAUUUUGAUUUAGGGACAAGGAUUUGUUUUAGGGACAAUUCAACAAAUCCUCCUGGAAUUGGAGUGGAGCAGAUUUCUGAACAAGAUGCUCCUCUCAAACCAGAUCACUUCCCUGCUGAUUGUCCUGUGAACAGCUGACAUUAUCCAUAGGCUAACAUAGAAUAUACUGAUUAUUCCUUAUUAAUAUCAGCUUAGAUCCAUCCAUGUACACUUUCUGUUCUGCAGAGUUUGGAUUAUCUGCCCACACACUCUGUAGCACUAAACCUUUGCAAACCAAGCUCUGGGAGGAAGGGGUGGUUCUGCAUUAAAAGUGAGCCUCUGCUAAAGUCAUGAAUUCCUUUAGAAAAGUCUUUAGGACAUGCAGCUUUAUUUUUUCUUUAGUUUGGCAGCAACUUUACUUAGCUUGUCAACACUCAGACUAAUGUUUGUGGUUUUAAUUAAAGGAGAUCAUUAGAAAGUGAAUUGUCAAAUGCUGUAUACAUCCUGUAGUAUUUAUGCUGAAAUUGUAUAAACUGUGGAAAUUUGAAAUGUUGAUAGAUUUUUCAGUUAUUUUAUGUGGGACCAGAACCUAGAGAGAAAAGGUAUCAUUUCAGAGAGUGAUUAUGUAUUUAUUUUUUUCCCAGAAAAUUAUUUAUGCAAUGUUUUAACUUGUAGAGAAUGAGACGUAAUACUGCUUUAAAAAUAUUAGUCUGUUAUUUUAAAUUUGAAAUACAUUGU